GGGGUCGCGGUUCCAGCCGGCCGCAGCCGUGCCCGGCGCCUCGGGGUGGGCAGCCCGGCUGGCCCCCUCCUGCCGCCCGGCCUCCCCCAGCCCCAGGGACGGCGCCGGGCCCCCUCCCCGCCCGUCGCCCCCAAGAUGCUGUUUUGGCACACGCAGCCGGAGCACUACAACCAGCACUCGACCGGCAGCUACCUGCGAGAUGUCCUUGCACUGCCGAUCUUCAAGCAGGAAGAACCGCAGCUGUCUCCUGAGAAUGAUGCCAAACUGCCACCCUUUCAGUACGUCCUCUGCACAGCCACGUCACCUGCUGUGAAACUGCAUGAAGAAACUCUGACCUACCUCAACCAAGGUCAGUCUUAUGAAAUCCGUCUACUUGAGAAUAGGAAAUUGGGAGAGUUUCAAGAUUUAAACACAAAAUAUGUAAAGAGCAUAAUUCGUGUAGUUUUCCAUGAUCGACGCCUGCAGUACACAGAGCAUCAGCAGCUUGAGGGCUGGAGGUGGAGUCGUCCUGGGGACCGCAUCCUUGAUAUAGAUAUUCCGCUGUCAGUUGGUAUCUUGGAUCCCAGGGCCAGCCCAACCCAGUUGAACACUGUUGAAUUUCUGUGGGAUCCAUCAAAGAGAGCCUCAGCAUUCAUUCAGGUACAUUGCAUCAGCACAGAAUUUACUCCACGGAAGCAUGGAGGAGAGAAAGGGGUGCCCUUCCGGGUGCAAAUCGACACCUUUAAGCAGAAUGAAAAUGGUGAAUACACAGAACACUUGCAUUCUGCAAGCUGCCAGAUCAAAGUGUUCAAGCCUAAAGGAGCAGACAGAAAACAGAAGACUGACAGGGAAAAAAUGGAGAAGAAGACCACCCAAGAGAAGGAGAAGUAUCAGCCUUCCUAUGAGACAACUAUUCUCACAGAGUGCUCUCCCUGGCCAGAUGUGCCUUAUCAAAUGAACAAUGCUCCAUCUCCAAGCUACAACAGUUCUCCCAACAGCUUCAACCUUGGAGAUGGAUUUUGGACGCCUUUUUUACAAUCUGAUAGAGAAAAAAGCCAGCCCAGUUGCAACAGUUCUCCAACCCACCAAGUGGAGCUCCUGCCUCCCAGCAAUGAUCAUCUCCUUCCUUCUGCUUCUAUUCAAGAUGCCCAGCAGUGGCUUCAUCGUAAUAGGUUCUCUCCAUUCUGUAGACUCUUCUCAAGUUUUUCGGGUGCUGACUUACUGAAGAUGUCCAAAGAAGAUUUUGUUCAAAUCUGUGGGCCUGCUGAUGGAAUUCGGCUCUUUAAUGCAAUCAAAGGAAGAAAUGUAAGGCCCAAGAUGACAAUUUAUGUCUGUCAAGAACCAGAGCAAAACAGGUCCCAUCUCCACCAAAAACGAGAAACUAUAGAUGGCAGUCUUUGUGUAUAUCAUGCAAUCUUCUUGGAAGAAUUGACCACGCUGGAAUUAAUUGAGAAGAUUGCAAACUUGUACAGCAUUUCUCCACAGCAGAUAAACCGAAUCUAUCGGCAGGGACCCACCGGGAUCCAUGUAUUAGUGAGCAAUGAGAUGGUGCAAAACUUCCAAGAUGAAUCUUGUUUUGUUAUCAGCACAUUAAAAGCUGAAAGCAAUGAUGGCUACCACAUCAUUUUAAAAUGACCGUGCUACACAGAAAGACUUUAACAGCCUAUAAUUUAGUGCCUCACUGAGAUUGCUACAACCUAGACUGGAAACAUGAAGAACCUUCAGGAUAAAAUGCUCCUAUGAACUAAGAAUUACCAAACAGCUUAAGGACAAAACUUGCUUUUACAGAUACACAUUUUUGGUGGUGUGUGGUUUUGUUUGUGGUGGGUUUUUUUUUGUUUUGUUUUUUUUUUUUUGCUUUGUUUGUUGUUUUGUUUUUUUUUAAGGUGGAGCUGAGAACAUCCUCAAAGCUUGUACGUGUUUCUUCCUCCCUCCCUUCCUCUUCAGUCUUAAAAAUUGUCAAGGUUUCUGCUUAUUACUUAGAAACAUCUGCCUUGUGCUAAAGGGAAAUGAAAGAUAAACAAAACCCAAUUCUCUACA